AUGGAAUGCCAUAAUGUUAAUUUAGAGGAAUAUGAUGACGAGCAAGUUAAAUUAAUGCAAGAAAUGUGUAUUGUAGUUAACGAAAAGGAUGAAAAAAUUAGUACAGAUACCAAGAAAAAUUGUCAUUUAAUGGAGAACAUAAAAAAAGGACUUUUACAUCGAGCAUUUUCGGUAUUUCUCUUUGAUUCUGAAAAUAAAUUAUUAUUACAACAACGUGCAAGUGAAAAAAUAACAUUUCCUGACUAUUGGACAAAUACUUGCUGUUCUCAUCCUUUAAAUACUCCUUUGGAAUUAGAAGAAGCAGCUCAAAUUGGAGUACGUCGAGCAGCUCAAAGAAAAUUAGAACAAGAAUUGGGCAUUAAACCGGAAAAGGUCCCUCUUGAUGAUUUCGUGUUUUUAACUAGAGUUCAUUAUUUAGCUCCAUCAGAUGGACUUUGGGGCGAGCAUGAAAGAAAGUUUACUCUUAAUGAUCUUGCAAUCAAUAAAAAUGAAGUUAGAGCCGUUGAAUUUUUAUCUUCGGAAGAAUUACGUCAAAAAUUCUAUAACCCCGGUUUGAAAUUUACACCGUGGUUUAAACUCAUUUGUGAGAAUUUUUUGUUUAAAUGGUGGCCAAAAUUGGAUGAUUUAGAAUCAAGCAAAGACAUUUCAACAAUCCAUAAAUUAGGUUUUUAA